AUGGCAAUGAUCCUGGCACUGGAGAUCACAAGCCUCAGCUGUGAGUAUAUGUACAACGGUGAUGUGUGGGCACACGUUGCGGAAUACACAGAUUUGUCACGCAACAAGUUGGUGGCCCCUUUCUUCGAUACCAAUGCUAUUGGCAUAAGGGUCGAGAUGAACGGACAAAGUCACGAUUUUCUUUUCGAGAAUUCGGACUUGUGCAAGUCUCUACACACGCUUGUCACGGGGAUUACUGUGAAGCGAUCCCCGUGUUCAAGCACCAGCGUCCGCAAACCUUUCGCCUACGCAACGGUUCAGACGUUGAUCCCGCACUCGAACUUGUGGGGCAUGGUGCCCAGUGGCUCACAAUAG